AUGGACAACUUUCAGAAACUCGGAGCUUUCGGAAAGAACAUCUCUGCUUCGUUCACGCCUUUUGCGGCGAGGACGCAGCAGCUGGUCAAGGAGACGCUUGGUCAAGAUGUCGACAAGACUCAACUGCCCCCCGACUACAUUGAGCUCGAGAAGCGCGUGGAUGCGCUGAAGAAGGUGCACAACACCAUGCUCCAGGUCACCUCCCAAUAUUCUAAUGAAGCAUACGACUACCCGACCAACAUUCGCGAGUCCUUCAACGAUCUUGGCCGAACCGUCGGCGAGAAGGUCCAGCUCCUCUCCGCCGCAACCUCCCCCGCCGAAGCACAGGCUGCUCUUACCGCACCCCCGUCCGCAAAGCCGCAGCCCAAGACCUUCAGCCACGCUGUGGCCCGCGCCGCGGUCAACAGCUCGCACACUCUGCAGGGAGAGCACUCCGGUGCCGGCGAGGACCCGCUAGCCACGGCCCUCGAGAAGUUUGCCGUUGCCAGCGAGAAGGUUGGAGAAGCCCGGUUGGCUCAGGAUGCCCAAAUCCAAAGCAAGUUUCUAGCAGGCUGGAGUACAACGCUCAACACGAACAUCAUGUUUGCAACACGUGCCCGCAAGGCGGUGGAGAACUCGCGGCUCAGCUUGGAUGCUACCAAGGCCAACGUCAAGGGCGGUGCUUUCUCGCUGCCCGGCCAGAAGGCUCAGCAGCACACCAUUAAUGAAGAGGAUCUGACCGAGGAGCAGCGGGCUAAGAUCGAACAGGCUGAGGAUGAGUUUGUGGGACAGACUGAGGAGGCUGUCGGCGUCAUGAAGAACGUCCUUGACACCCCCGAGCCGCUGCGCAAUCUCGCGGAUCUCAUCGCCGCGCAGCUCGAGUACCACAAGAAGGCAUACGAGAUCCUGUCGGAGCUGGCGCCCGUCGUGGAUCAGCUCCAGGUCGAGCAAGAGGUGCGUCGCCAUGACUCCUCUGGUUUCUAA